AAUGUCGGGCGCCGAUGACGAGAUGAAGGAGCCACGCGUUGCAGAAAUUGCCGCAUCCAGCAUACGCUCCGGUUUGGCUGAGCUAGAAUUGAAGUCAGCGCAUGUUUUACGUGGUCUGGAAAAUGUCAAAACUGCGCCAGUUGCUGAGACACCCGAAACUCCGCCGGAAGCUGCGGCAGACGCCGUUGACGGUGGUCGGCCUAACAUAGAAAACGGGCCUGACUCGCCGCUACUUACGCCAGCAACGCCAAAGCACACAACACUACUAUAUGGUGACUGCAAGCCACCAGCUGAUAUACUUAAGUCCCUCGAAACACUCAUCGCAUACUCUGACUCCGAUGAUGAUCCAGAAUUUCCACUCCCCGGCCUGGAUGAUGUGGCACAAUUGGCGCUAAUUUCGCACAGCAUUGUCGCCUAUCUAACGCACUUGGAUCGCCAGCACUUGGUACGUGUGUCGAGCAGCAUUGCCGGCGACACCACACGCUGGCUGGGCGCACUCUUUCGCUUCCUCGAUCCGGGUAGUAGCUUUCACACAGACAAUGCAGACGCCAUAUUACGCACUGUGCGUUUAGCGAUAGUGGCGCGUUGUCCAGGCUACCUCGAGGGUGGUAUACCAGCUUUGGCGCAUCCAUGCUUCUACAUCUCGGAGAAUACAACACCACUGCGUCUGCAAUAUGCUUGCCGUCAGCUUGGCAUACCAUUGGAUGCGAUACGCCUAAUACCGGCCAAUAGCACUUUCGGUACAAUGGAUUUGUCAUUGCUGCUGAAGCAGGUGCAGGCGGAUUUAAGCGCUAAUCGUACACCGCUGCUGGUAGUAGCAGAUGUGGGUGCCUCAAUAUGCGGUUACGUGGAUAACUUGCAGCGCAUGAACGACAUUUGUCGGACGCACAACAUUUGGUUACAUGCCACUGGACAUGGUUUGGCGGCGCUGGCGUGCGCUCAGGGACCAAAUACGAUCAGCGGUAUUGUUGACUCUAUCGUUUUGAAUUUGGGCAGUUGGUUAGGCGUACCUAGCCUACCCAUAGUGCUCCUUCAUCGCCAAUUGCAAAACUCUGCAUUAGCCGCCUUCGAAUCGGAUCCAAUUAUUUCGCGCCGCCUCCAUUCGCUUUCGCUGUGGACCAGUUUGCAGGCUUUGGGACGCGAUGCGAUAGCCGAACGUAUACAUGUAGCAUUCCAAACUUGUAGU